AUGUCCCUCAAUCUCGAGAAGCAGCUUCUCUUCUAUGGUUCUUACCACCAUAAUCCUAUCAACAUCGCCAUUCACAUCACCUGUGUUCCUUUGAUCCUUCUGACCGCCUUCCUUUUUUGCACAAAUACUCCCGAGAUCCCUCUUCCUGAGGCCAUCACUAUACCCAACUUGCCAGCCAAUUUAGGUACGAUUGUGGCUACAUUAUACGCUACACUUUAUGUUUUGAUGGAGCCCGUCGCUGGAGGUCUACUGGCGCCCCUUCUACUCUCUGCCACUGCUUACGCCAACCACCUCACUUCGACCUAUGGCAUGACGGCCAACUAUUACGCCAUCGCUUUGCACGUCUUUGCCUGGCUUGCUCAGUUCGUCGGACACGGCAUCUUCGAAGGUCGCGCCCCUGCUCUUCUCGACAACCUCGUCCAGGCUCUUUUUCUCGCCCCUUUCUUCGUUUGGCUCGAGGUCUUGUUCUCCCUGGGUUACCGUCCCGAGCUCAAGGCUCGACUGGAUCAAUCGGUUACCAAGGAGGUCGCUAAAUUCAAGGCCUCGAAGUCGUCAAACGACAAAGCGAAGGCUAGUGGCACUGCCAAUGGCACAGCCCAUUGA